GUGAAUGUGGACGAUCGGCAAAGGAGCAAGGUUCUGGGCUUGAAGUUUGACAGUGAAACUCAGAAAGAACUUGUAUAGCGCAGGAGCUUCCUGAAUAGAAUCAAAUUUGAAGGAACAAAAGCGGGACAGGUGGAAUUGCGAACUAAGGUUUCACAUACUUUGUGUAAACAUUUUUCUCAUUGAUUUUCAUUGUUUCAAGAACGACCAGCAAAACUAAAAGGCAAAGGGAUCAUGCCGUCCGCACAGAAGAAAGCCCCCGCCGCUCCGAAGGACAGCGACGAUUGGUGGGCGAAUUCGGAUUUGGAUUCUGCGGAAGAGCAGAUAGUUUCUAUUGCGAAACUGCACGAGUCCACCGCUAGUCUGCUUUCUGGGACGUCCAAAACCUCCCUGGUUACGGGCGACAACUUACGGAUUUCCUCCUUACUCACGGAACGCCGGGCCACUUCAGCUCGUCUGAGAUCCCAAAAAGAUCCUAUCAAGAUCCUGGCCGCUGGGCUACUUCGGCGCCCCGAAAUUACGAAUCAGGCCCAAUGUUUUGGCCUUCGCUUUGCCUCCUUUGUAUAGCAAAUUUGCGCGGCCUUUUCUGGGCGUGUCGCAUAGCUGCCGAGCCUAUCCCGAGGGCCGCCCUGUUUGGGAAGCGCGAUUUUUUUUCCCGUUGCGGGGGUAUGUCGGUAUUUUACGGCCACGCAAAACUUGGCGCGGGCCAGCCGCCAGGGAACGCGCCGCCCGCCGCGGCCAGCGUGUCCUUUUGCCCCCCCUUCUGGUGUGCUUCUGUAGUUUUUUCGCGGUAGUCUUGGACAUUGGAAAGGGGGUGGCGCGGAGGUGUUUCGACCGCAGGCAUUCUACCUGCCCAGCAUCCGGGAGCCCGCAGAGAGGCGAUGGCCUUUGGCGCGAUGUGGUGCCAAGUGUUUUGCUUCUUGGGGUCGCGGGGAUCGGCAGGCCAAUCCUGCAGAAAGCAUGUCAAACAAGGGUGGGAGUUUUCUCCCCGCGGCACAAUUUUUGUACUCAGGAGCAUUCUCCAGUGGAAUUCGGCCAGGCACGGGGCCAUUUUCCAGAGUUCAUGGCCGCCAUCUCCAUUUUCAAAAGUUCCGAUCAAGAUCCUGUCCAGAGGACACUUUUUUCGCCGCUUUUCCUGGCCCCUCCCCCGCCUAGAAUCUAUGGAUUUGGCGGCGCAAAAAAGUGGCCAAAAAAGUGUCCUCUGGACAGGAUCUUGAUCGGAACUUUAUCGGAUCUUGAACGGAACUUUUUAGGAACUUUUUUUUGGCCUCUGAAGCUUUCGCCAUACCGCCGUGAUUGGCGACUUUGAACAUUGUUUGAACCUUGGUCGGAUCCUUUGUUCGGGGUUCAAGAAGUGGCCUUUCUACCCUUGAAACACGGGCUGUUUCUUUGAUUCAACAAAUUCAGCGGCUUCGUUUUUGAAUCAAAAAAAAAACUCGCUUUGGGGCUAGUGCGCCGUCUUUUGCUGGACCAUUUCCGACCUGGCCUUGUCCUCGGGCUCGGGUAUAUCUGGCCCAUGGAAGCGAGAUGGACCCUGCGGACGGGGGCAGUUCCGUCCAUUGCCGGGCCCCAGAUUGUUCCGCGUCGCGCCAGGGCUUUUACAACCGCGCGACCACUCGCUCGCCUUUGUUGGGCGUGGUUAUUUGUCACUCCCAGCAAGCUAGCGCUUGUGGCAACGCCCGCGGGGCGUCUGGCCCUUUCUCACAUCUACCAUACCUUCGUGUAACGCGCGUUACACGAGCGGUCUAUGCUUCCCUUUCGUCGGCAGGCUGUCCCUGGAAGCUACAGAGGGGCGGACGCUCCGAAUCUUUCCGACCCCUCCCCCUGGGGUGUCGGGGGUGAUCUUUUCAGGAUCUUCGUGGGUUCUCAGGGCGUCGUCUGUGGCCCGUCGUGCCGCCAGUAACCUCCGAGUCUGGGUCCGCGAGCAUCACGAAAGUGUCUUCGAAAACCAGUUCCUCGAGUAAGAACGCGGAGAAAAAAAAGAAGAAAAAAUCGAGGCGAAACACCAACGCAUCUUCCGCAAGUACUUCUGCAGCUGGGGCAGAACAACAAGGCAACAAAGAUACUAUGAGCCGAACCACUUCGACUUCUGCAGGGGCUCAAGAGCCGACGUCUACCGCUUCGGAUGCUGCGAAGAACGGGCGAGAAACAACAACUCGUGAGCAAAGCACGCCGGGCGCUCGCCUGGCUGGGGACAAGAGUGCAGCUGCAACAUCCGCGAAAGAAAAAGAUGCUGCUGCUUCUGCUGUCACCACGACGUCUAACUUCACGGCUGUCUCCGAUUCAGCUGCUGGCGCCGUCCAGAAGGAGCAUAUUACCUCCACUUCGGCUAGCAAAGAAACCACGGCAUCUGCUUCUUCCCCAUUGUCGGCCACUGAUAUGAUGGCUCGUGGGACCGCUGAUGAGGAUCAGGAUGCGCGGGAGACGGUGCAAUUUGAUAUGGCGGAGGUGAAGCGUUCUGUGGUCAAGAACAGCGUUGUGGGAACGAAUACGAAGCCGGUGCCGAGUGAGACAAGAAACUCCAGCACUCCAGCAGCUGAUGACCAGAACACGCAAAAGGUAUUAGGUGCUGUGCCAGCAAGAACAUCAGUUGCGGUGGAGCAAAUUUAAUAUUCGGACAAAACCAAACGACCUGCAUUUCUUGCGAAGAUAGCUGCAAGAUAAAAAUUCUAUCUGUACUAGUCAGUACUCGUUCAGUGAAUUUGAAUUGAUGAGGCCGAUGAUGCUUGCCUUUUUCCGAUGCCUCUGCAUGAAUAAAAUUCCCAGGUUGAAAAAGACGUCAAAGGCGUACCAGCGCAACAGGAUAUGGAAGACAUUGUUGUGGCGGGUAUCGUCAAGGAUCAAAACAUCGAAUAUGAAUUGCAAAAGUGUCGUACUAGUACGGAUUGCAAUACAAAAACAAUCACAAAUUCGCUUAGCAUGACAAAUCGAAUAUGUUAUGCUGAUUGAGCUUGGUCUUGGAAAGGAGAUUUGUCAUCCAUAAUUGCGAAUGCUACGAGUGCGAUACUUUUGCACAGGAUAUCGAAGCUGCCGGAGCGAUUGUCGAUACGGUGCAUAUUAUAAAUAAUCAUUUUGCUAAACUGCAUGACAAAUUUCUAAACUGCAUGACAAAUUGCUACACUGCAUGACAAAUGCGUGAGAAAUUUUUGAAUCAGGCGGUGAGUACAGCGAUUGCAGACUCGGCUAAGGAGGUGAUAGGCGAUCUCACGAGCGGCACGAGCACGGUGGAGAGCAAAGGUAUGGAUAGUUGUGUAGUUAUGAGCAAAGGUAUGGAUAGUGUAGUUAGCAAAGGUAUGGACUCGAGGAACGACAUAAGCAUAAGAAUACGAGGAAAAUUGGAGAUUUUUCGAUUGUGACGUGGAGUUCUUGGGCUUGGGUUCAGGUUCACUUAAUACAGAAUUGGUUCGCGGCCAUGUUUCGUCUAAAGAACUCCCCACGACCGGAGGUGUUCUUACAUCUAUCAAUCUUCGCUAACAUCACAGAUUCCACCGCUGCAGUCAAGGAGAACUCAGCCAUGGUCAGCACAAAGCUGCCAGAAGGGGAACAAAUCGAAACCAGUAAAAAAACCGAGUCUCCUGCAGAAGAUGAUGCGCCCCCGGUGCGCAACAGCCUUAUUCGGUCGAUUCACCAGAACAUGAAAGAUCAGAACGCGAAGUCGCCGCUGGGCUCCGGUAAUAUCAAAUCUCCCCGUACUUCCUCCCACUCGGAUAUUAUCAUCGGCGGUCCGGAAGCUACGCUGAACCCGCGUGAUGUGGUAAUCCCGACAAUCACGGUGACCUCCCCCACGCCGGGAGCCUCCCCCGUGGUGAUCAGCAGCCCUCUCAUGCCGAUGAAAAACGUGGGUGAACAAGAUGAACAGGCCCGAGUGUUGAAGGCAGGGAACAAGAAGAACUCGCUGGUUGCUGAUAAGAUCGUGACGAGCGAAUUGGAGGUAGUAGGAGAGCAGGAGAACAAAACCGACAGCAAGACCUCGCCCUCCAUGGAUGCGAAGAAAAACUGUCCCAAUCAGGACAAGGAAAACGCGAACAACGAGGAGAAAUAUGAACUGCAAAAGUAUCGUAGUAGUGGUAACUGCAAUACAAAUUAGCUCAGCAUGACAAAUGGAAUUAGUCAUGCUGUUUUACCUUGGGAUGGAGAUUUGUAAUGCAUAAACGCAAGCAUUACUACGAGUGCGAUACUUUUGCACAGGAUAAGAAGAACGAGGAUGCCAACAAGCGGUCCGCCUCCAAGGUUUGGAAACAGGGUAAGAAAAUCCCGGACACACAGAAAUCCUCGGAAAUUCUGAAAGAGAUCCUCGCAGAAGAGCGGAAAAACCCGCCCAGAAGGUGCUGCUUGUUUGGGUGCUGAUAGCUCAUAAUGGUGAAGAAACGCUAUGAUGUUAGGCUAGGACGGGCGUUGGUGGAGGCCACGGAACAUCAAAGAUUAGUUUCUUCUUCCUGGACAUAGCUGGAAAUAAAUCAAGUUGUACGUACAAGCUAGUGAACAUCAUCACUACAACAGGGAAGUAGUCGUAGUUCAUUUUUGGAGCGUACCCAAUAAUCAAGAAAUUAAGAAUACCAAUACUCUCUCCCGAGUAGAACCGCACGACCACACGUCGUCAGAUCGGCCAUGCGAAAAGAUGGUUUCUCUUUCUUUUGGAGGACCUAAACGUGAUGUUGACGGCACAUUACUUUUUCUGGAAAGGACAGAAAAAAUAGUACAGCAGGUAAAGAAUCUUCGCACUGUCCUGAUGCCGAUGCGUAUGAAGGACGAUCGAAAUGAGAAGUACUAUGUGUCUGGAUUGGUUUUUGAGCACUAAUUGUAUACAACCAAGACGCAGCAGGAGCUAUUUAUCCUUCGUCCGGCAGAAAAAACUGAAUCGGGGGAGCGCGACAGGGUAGUAGACAACUCCUGUUGCUGGUGCACCUCGUCCAGGACGAGGAGCUACACGACCUCACAUGUUGUUAGUAUCACCUCCUACUAGGAGGCUGUGUGUAC